AGUUGCCGACAUGACUGCGACAAAACCGGUCGUUCUUUUUACGCACUGUUUUUUAAUAUUCGCGCGCGAUUCACAGUGAAACGAUACCGAAUUCCAAACAACACGCCGCUAUUCAUGUUGCAUAGCAAAUUGUUUUUUUUUUUUUUUCGUUUAUUCUGCCCGAUAAAUUCAUUGACAGCAAAUAAAUUGCAAUUUCAAGUGUCCGUUUAAGUCAUAGCAAACAUUUUGAAAGAUUAUCAUAGUGAAUUGAGCAUUGAAUUGAAUUGAUAAACAAUCGCUUUUUGAAUGGCAAGCGUGCAAAAAAAUUGACAAACUAAUUUAUUGAUUUUUGAAUGUGUAGAAACCAAACAAGUGUUAGUUGUGGUGCCAGAAUAUACACGAUACUUUCAUUGCAAUCUAUAAAACAGGGGAUCAACCGAAAUUAAAGAAAAAGAAUCGAAUUUAUUUUGACAUCUCUUCAUGUAGUUUUGAUAUCCAAAAAGAUGUAUUGCAGGAAAAUUGGAUAGUUGACAUCGUUGCAUAGUCAAUAAACAAGCGGUGAAAGAAAAAACUCAAUCAAUAAUUCAGAUCAGAGCUAAAUGAUUGAUUGAAAACGACUGAAGACCAAAAAUAAUAGACAAUUCAAUAAUAAAUUUCAUUGGAAAUUUUUUUGUAUAGUUGACAUUUUGAUAUCGAUUGGACGAGAGAGAAAAACAAUAAACCGAACGAAAAAUGUUAGCCUGUGUUUGCCGACCAGUUACAAGCACAUUACCAAAACCACCAACAUUAUCAUCGGCACCACAAAAACGAUCACCCGUGGUAACAUGCGAACCACGUACUACGCCAGCUAUCGAUUCAAAGACAGCGCCAGGACGGCCAAAUACUGCCGAAUUGAAGGCAAUGGCGUUGCGUCAACAGCAACAAAUCGAUACACAACAUCAAUUAUUAGCAGCCAAAGAACAACGUCUACGAUUUUUAAAGAACCAAGAGAUUCGUAAUGCCACCGCAGCGGCUGAAGGUGAACGAUUGCGACGGUUGCGGGAACGUGUCGAAGCACAAGAAUCAAAAUUAAGACGAUUACGAGCAUUGCGCGGUCAGGUGGACUUGCAAAAAACAUACAAUGUUACGCUGAGCAAUGACCUCGAUUCGAUUCGUGCUCUAUUCAGUGAAAAGGAGAAGGAGCUGAGCUUGGCUGUCGCAAAGGUCGAGGCACUGACAAAACAACUGGAAGAAUUGCGACGAGAUCGACGUGGUCCACUGAAUUUAAUAUCGACAGCUGCCGGAGUGAAUGCGGCAGCAAAUGCUGCUGCCGUUUCAGUAAAUAGUUUGAACAUCAAUGGUAGUAAUAAUGGAACGACCAAUAUUCAACAACAUUUGAACGGCACGUCACCAGCUGCUCGUGAACUUGAUAAAUUGCGGCGUGAAUUAAUGUAUCGGAAUCAGUUAUCACUGCAACAGGAUGCCCGUUUACAUUUGCAACGCGAGGCACUUCAUCAGCGUCAAGCUGAGCUUCGUUCAGUGGACCAACGCAUCUAUGAGCUACAGUCGAGGCUACAGAAGAAAAAGGCCACUAACUUAUCACAAGCAUUUCAAAAUCAAAUGAAAACCAAUCAGAUUCAUAUGAUGAAUCAGCUGAAUCAAACGGAACAUCAACAAAAAUUACAACAACAACAGCAGCACCAGCAGCAACAGUCGCAAUUCAAUCAUCAAAAUGUGGAGAACAUAAACUAUACAAACAAUAAUGGAGUGGUUUUACAGUUUGUUAAUAACACUCAUUCCAACUCAACGGCUGCCACAUCAAACAAGCCAUCGCAUAGUGUGUAUCCAUCACAGCGCAUCAUACCAAAGGGAAAUGUGGCUGCUGUUGAACCUUAUAUUCAUAUGCCACAACAGAAACCAAAUGCAAUGGCGAACAAACAGAAGCAGCAGAAGCAGCAGCAGCAGCAGCAGCAGCAGCAUCAUGUUAAAAUGGUGCAAGAUUUGGCAAAUUUAAAAUUGAAUUUACAUGAAUCCAACCAAAAAAAUGCGAACAAUACUCUGAACAGUAAUUUAAAUGUCAACGUAAAUCACAUUCAGUUCCCGGAGAGUGACGAAACAAAGUUGGCACGACAAAUGCUGCACAUGAAACAGCAUUCACAGGAUUUUGAUUUGAAUGCAAAUGCUGACAUCACUGAUUUUGUGACAACGAAUAAAAUCGAUUCAAAAUUGCACACAUUAUACAAUACAGUACGAAUGACAAAAUGUAGCACGGCUGGAACAAUAUCGACAACGACAACAACACCAGCGUCGGCGGCGGCGGCGGCAGCGGCAGCAGUAGCACCAACCAGUAAAAUGAAUGCGAUGGGCAUGGAAUCCUUUGAUGAAGUUGAAUCUACAAUAAAUUCCAAAUUCAACGAGAAUGAUAGUGCGAAAGUCGAACAUGAUACGGAAACAAAAGUACCGAAAUCAUGUUUGCAUCAGCCACCAUCUGUUGUAGUGCCGAAUGAAAUGUUGAAUGCAAUAAAUAAAUCACUGGUGCCAUCAAGCAUGGCCACCAGUACGAUUUCAACGAUGCCAGCAACGACGACAACAACGACGACGAUAUGCGCUUCCUCAAAUGGCAAUCACCGUUACGAUGGUAAAACGGCACCAAAAUCAAAACUUUUGAUGACACAUCAAAUUCCAUCCGGGAAUUUGGUCGUACCACCCAGAAAGCCAAUCAGUAGUGUAGCUCCAACAUCAAUAACUCCAUCCGUCAAAUCAACCAUACCAAGUCCGCGUGUGCAUGCCGUUGCACCCAAUGUAAAUUCAACGCCAAUUGUGUCGACAACAGAACUGUUGGAUAAAUCACGACCAGCCUUGCCACCGAAACCAAAUAAAAACAGUGAGAGCAGCGGCAGCAGCAGCAGCAACAGUAGCAGUAGUAAUGAAUCGUCGCCAACAUCAUCGAAUGGCAAUGCGAAUCAUCAUCGAAGCACGUCGUCAAUGAAAACUCCAAUGGCAUUUGCUUCCUACGACAAAGGCACGCACAAUGAAAAUAACCGAACGAAUAACAUUGAAUCGGGUGGCCAACAGCAGCAACCUCAGCAAAUCAGCAGCUCACACAUUCAAGCACACACUAUUGAUUUUCCAAUCAAAGCCAAGCCAUUGACGAUAAAAAAGCAACCGCUUUCCGAGCAGCCACGUCUUCGAUCGCUGGCAUCGGGCAUUAAACCAAUUCAAUACAGUUCACGACGCAUCGAAAUGCCAUCAACGAUGCUACUUUUCCCAGAAAAUGAACGCAUCAAAUCGAAUGUCAAUGAAAAUAAAAUGCCAUCAACGAUGAUGUUCACAGCAGCAGCCGAUCAGAAUAAGACCAACAAAUCUCCAGCUGGCAGUAGUAACAGUAGUCUCGAUGAGAAUGAUAAAUCCAGUUCAUCGGCGAGUAGUGACGCAGAGAAAACAGCAGCGCAGCCACAUUCGCCACAAAAUAACGAAGUGGUGCGUCGGCAGAGAUCGUCAAUGAGCGAUAGCACAAAAGUUAAAUUAACGCGACGCGUUAGUUUCGAUCCGUUGGCUUUACUCUUAGAUGCCAGUCUCGAGGGUGAAUUGGAACUCGUUCAAAAAACAGCUGCUCAGGUGCCCAAUCCGAGUGCGGCAAAUGAUGAAGGAAUCACUGCUUUGCACAAUGCAAUCUGUGCCGGACACUUUGAUAUUGUCAAAUUUUUGGUCGAAUUUGGCUGCGAUGUUAAUGCUCAAGACUCCGAUGGCUGGACACCACUGCACUGUGCGGCCAGCUGCAACAAUUUGGCUAUGGUAAAAUUUUUGGUUGAAUCGGGAGCCUGUCUAUUCGCAUCAACGCUUUCGGAUCACGAAACACCGGCCGAAAAAUGCGAAGAAGAUGAAGAAGGCUUCGAUGGAUGUUCGGAAUAUUUGUACAGCAUUCAAGAAAAAUUAGGUAUAAUGAAUAAUGGUGAGGUGUAUGCGGUAUUUUCAUACGAAGCUCAACAAUCGGAUGAGCUAUCGUUUGAAGUGAACGACCAGCUUAUAAUCUUGCGAAAAGGUGACGAUGCCGAACGUGAAUGGUGGUGGGCAAAAAUGAAGGAGACUGGCAAAGAAGGUUACGUUCCGCGCAAUUUAUUAGGGCUUUACGCACGCAUUCCUUUGAAACAGCCAAUAUCCGAAUAACAGCUAUUAAAAGCACCGAUUCAAUACAGCCACGAAUCCGGAAUACUGAAAAAACACUACAUUUCACCGUAUGUUUGACCAGUUGCCGCCGCAUAACACAACCGCGUUGAAAAUAACCUAAUUCAAAAAAAUGUUCGUCAACGGACACUAUUUAGACUCUAUCCAAUGCUGUACCAUAUUUAACUACAAAAACUCAUCAAACAAUCGAGUAUUCGAAACCAACCCAACUGAGCUUGAAUCAACAUUCAUUCAUCUGGUUUUUUUUUCUACUCUUAAUAUUACUGACCCGGGAAGAAGAAGAAGAAGAAGAAGAAGAAGAAGAAGAAGGAGGAGGAGAAGGAUGAGGGAUCUGUGUUAGUGAUGCGUAACCACAAUAUGCAGCUAAAAUCUUUGCUCUUGUUACCUUUUAACUUAGAUAACUAGAGAGCACAUGAGAAAAUGGAUGCAAUCACGUAAAACAUUAAAGUCGAGGCGAUCGAAACAACCGGUUGAAUACAACGGAAUCGAAUGAAAAAGAAAAUUAACGAUUUAAAAUGUUUACAUGCUUUUACAUACUAAAACAUUUCUACAGGCACACACACAUAUACACUAUCCACUACUGGAUAGUGUCUUCUAAAAGAUUAAUAUUUUCACUCAGAAUACUAAAAUUACUACAUAGGAAAGUGAGAGUCUAGUUUAUCUUGAAUAAAUUUUAGUAGAAAAAGAGAAAAGGGGAAAAGAAAUAACAAAUUUGACUAUGGUAUAUUAAAUAGAGACAAUUCGAACAGAAGAAGCGAGAAAAUUGAGAACUUACAGAAUUUUUAUGUGAUAUUUACUAAUUACUCCAAAUGACAUAAUCACAAAUAACGCAAAACACACACACACACAUAUACAUUUUGAUUGACAUAUGAACUAAUUACAGUAUAUACAAAAAAUAUCUUGCAGCUAAAAUAAUAAGAAUUUUGAAUUUAAAGUAGCUAACCAAGGCAGUUGUUCGUUUAAUAAUUGAGAGAAUCAAAUGUGAACAAUAAACAUAGUACAUCAUAUAACCUA